CGGCUGCUGUGCGUCAACACAGCAGGCUAAUCCGCUCAUGUUCGCCAUGCAGGUGUCACUUCACGUGAUCGUCCGCGUUUUGCUUCCUGCCCUGGCUGCUGCUUCUACGGAAAUAGCCCAACCGCACCUUUCCUGGCACGUCAACGACGAUGACGCUGCUUUCGGCCAUCCGAUGGAAUCCUGCAUCACACCCAAGUCGCCGGCACUGUUGUUGUAUCCGGCUGCUCACCUGAACUGCACCCCGUCACCCCUGGGGGCGUCACUCGAUGCGCGGCUGGAAUACCGACUGCCACCGACAUCAACUCAGCAAGGUAUAAAGGAGCAAGCGCGGCCGGAGACGCUUUGUGGGCCCGGCUGCUGUGCGUCAACACAGCAGGCUAAUCCGCUCAUGUUCGUCAUGCAGGUGUCACUUCACGUGAUCGUCCGCGUUUUGCUUCCUGCCCUGGCUGCUGCUUCUACGGAAAUAGCCCAACCGCACCUUUCCUGGCACGUCAACGACGAUGACGCUGCUUUCGGCCAUCCGAUGGAAUCCUGCAUCACACCCAAGUCGCCGGCACUGUUGUUGUAUCCGGCUGCUCACCUGAACUGCACCCCGUCACCCCUGGCGGCGUCACGCGAUGCGCGGCUGGAAUACCGACUGCCACCGACAUCAACUCAGCAAGCUAUAAAGGAGCAAGCGCGGCCGGAGACGCUUUGUGGGCCCGGCUGCUGUGCGUCAACACAGCAGGCUAAUCCGCUCAUGUUCGCCAUGCAGGUUGGUAAAGCACACUGUCUUUUUACAAAGCGGUCAAGUAACUACUUCCUGCUGCAGCUGCCGGGCCCUCAUUGCUGCCUUUCCAUUGUUGUUCAGUGCUGUGAUGUUAUCCGCUCGUUGCUGUUGUUGGCGGGUGACAUCGAAAUUAACCCCGGACCUGAUAAUCAAGCUGUAUUAAACGAACUUAGGAAAUUGUCUACAGGUCAAACGCAACUAAUCACGGAGAUUAAAGACCUGAAGUCUCAGAUGAAAACAACCGACAAAGCUAUCGCUGAUCUGAGCGUGCGUAUGACUAAUCUCGAAACGCACUACCAAAACCUAGCCCUCUUGCGUUCUGAUAUAGAAAAUAUGCAAAGUGUUACUGCUUGCGCCCCUCAGACAAUCCAGAGGCUAGAAACGCGCAUUGAUGAUGCCGAAAACCAUUCCCGGCGUAACAAUCCUUUUUAUGGUAUACCUGAGUCUUCGGGAUCAGAGUCGUUCGCGCUUUCAGAGAAUAUAAUCAUAGAUCUCUGUAACAAACAUCUGAACAUUGCGCUUGAUGCGAAAGAAAUUGAGCGCGCGCAUCGCUUGGGUAAUCGUACAACUGGUCGUAACCGCCCCAUAAUAGUUAAAUUCUCUUUUCACAAAACAAAAGAACAAGUCCUUUCCAACGGACGCAAGUUUAAAGGGACGAGCUUCAGUGUUGGCGAAGAUUUCACACGUAAUGUCCAAACUGCCCGCAAACACCUAGUUGCUUUUGCAAAAAGCAAAUCUGCACCUUAUUCUCUGCGCUUCAAAACCCUUUUCAUGGGAAGUAAGCGCUAUGCUUAUGAUGAGCGUAUAAAGAGUGUAAAAGAGGUGCAAUAGCAGUUGCCUGGCCGCAAGUCACGCCCCCGAGCUACGGUACCGGAACGAGCUAACC